GUCCAAAAAGAAAGGUUAGAAAUAAAUUAGGGUUCGGGUUUCAUUCAUUUCACUCACACUCGUUUCAUCACACAAAACUCAGCUUCAAGAAUCUUCGUUUCCACCGAAUCUAGCUAUGGCUGCUAAGGGUCCCGGUCUCUACACUGACAUCGGCAAGAAAGCCAGAGAUCUGUUGUUCAAGGACUACAACAGUGACCAGAAGUUCACUGUUUCUACCUACUCACCCACUGGAGUUGCUAUCACAUCAUCUGGUACAAAGAAAGGUGAACUGUUUGUGGGCGAUGUUAAUACCCAGUUGAAGAACAAAAACUACACUGCUGAUAUCAAAGUAGACACAGAGUCUAAUCUUUUCACAACUAUCACUGUCACCGAACCUGCUCCUGGUGUGAAGGCUAUCAUAAGCUGCAAAGUUCCUGAUCCAGCAUCUGGGAAGGUGGAACUACAAUACUUGCAUGACUAUGCUGGAAUAAGUGGCAACAUUGGGUUGAAAGCAAACCCAGUUGUCAACUUAUCUGGUGUUUUUGGAACUAAUGCUCUUGCAUUUGGUGGUGAUAUUUCUUAUGAUACCAAACUUAGGGAGCUAACAAAAUCUAAUGUUGGAGUGAGCUUUAUCAAAGAUGACUUGCUUGGAGCAUUGACUCUGAAUGAGAAAGGUGAUGUGUUGAAUGCUUCAUACUAUCAUGUUAUUAACCCCGUGACCAACACUGCUGUUGGUGUUGACAUGGGUCACAGAUUCUCAACUAGAGAGAACAACUUCACACUUGGUGUCCAACAUGCAUUGGAUCCAUUGACAACAUUGAAGGGUCGCAUCACCAACUCAGCCAAGGCAAGUGCCCUUAUCCAGCACGAGUGGCGUCCUAAAUCACUCAUCACCAUUUCUACUGAGCUAGACACCAAGGCCAUUGAAAAGAGUGCUAAGGUUGGAUUAAGUUUGGUUCUCAAACCCUGAUAGUUUUGAUCCAUCUUGUCAUGAAAUUGAGGUAGGCUUUAGGAAGCACAUAGUUUGUCAGUUUGAUGUUGAUUCUCUUCUUGGAUAAGAAGUUUUCAAGGUGUUUUAUUUGCAGUUGUGCAAUUCAACCUUGUAGAAAUAAAGUAGGUUUUUAUGAACCAAAUGUUACUCUUAAAUGGCCAGAGGCUCAACAAGUCUCUUUUAUUGAACCUAGAAAUGAUACUCUUUGAGUUUUGACAGCGAAAUUUUAAAUUUUCUUGUACGACUGGUAAUUUUUUGCGAUUAAUACUUUUGUGAGCUUUUGAAGUGGAGUUUUAUUUUCA